AUGCUGUCCCUGUAUCCUUUCGACUCAACCAUUUGCCAAUCCCUCAAACUCAAACUCGAACUCGAACUCCUCUGGGAGGUGCGUGUCCUUGCCCCUCUGGAACGCCUCCCCCCUCCCGCUGUCAAUGUACCACUUUCGCACCAGCAAGCCAUUGCACACUCUUCGCAGUUCCUACGUCGUGUCCUUGCUUUAAUGACCCCUCCCGUUCAAUUGGACCCAAUCCAUAGAUCCAGUCUCGGAUAUACGACCGAGGAACCUCUUCUAUCCUCCCCCGAGUCCACUACACAAGCGCCAACCGACAGUGAACCCACACCCACUUUCACGGUUACAUCCCCUCUCAUUUACUCAUUUACGCCGCAUGCUCCCAUGAACCAGUAUCAUUUGCAGUCCACUGUCCUCACGAUACCUCGUCGUGGCACCGCCGAAGCUUUAGACCUUUCGCUCGAGCGAAGCAUUCGGAUCGGCGGCGCCGAGAGAUUCUACAGCCCAUGA